CUUUGGCCUCACUAUCCGCAACACCACCAUCAUCAAGAAGGCGGAAGCUAGGAUAUAAUGAGCUCUUCUCUGACGCAGAGGCUCUUGAGCCAGAGCAAAGAGGACUAUGCUGCCGCAACAACGCAUCCGUUCCUUGUCUCUGCCGGCAAGCUGACGCUGUCGCCCCAGGCGCUGCAGUCGUGGUUGGCCCAAGACCGCUUCUAUGCGUUGCUGGGCUACACCAAGUUCCUGGGCAGGCUCAUUGCCAGGAUGCCCUCGCCCGAGGAGGAUCCAGAUACCUUGGCCAGCAAGCAGCAAAGGCGAAGGUUGGCAAUUCUGGCAGGUGCCAUGGCAAACAUCGAUCGAGAGGUCGCCUUCUUUGAGGAUGUGGCCCGCGAGAACGGGCUCGAUCUGGCGGCGAAGCCCAGGGACGGAAGCAUCGAUGCCGUUUCGGACAAGACAAAGGCCUACAGGGACUUCAUGGUUGCGACAGCAGCAGAGGGCACAUUCGAGGAAGGUCUUGUGCUCCUCUGGGCCAUGGAGAAGGUCUACCUUGACGCAUGGACUCACGCCUCGACAUUCCUGCCAUCAGGAUCAACCGCGGAGGACUCCCUGUCGCCAGGUGUCAAGCGUGCCCUUGUCCAGCUCAUCCCAAAUUGGUCCGCACCAGGAUUCGUCAGCUUUGUCAGGGACAUCGCUGACCUUGUCGAUGAGCUGGCGAGCGAGGACAAAAAUGACAGGCUCUUGGAGCAGGCGAGCAAGAUCUGGAGGCAGACACUGAAGCACGAAGUUGGUUUCUGGGAGACAGCCGGGCAGCUCUGAGCCCGAGUGGAAAAAGGCGCAAGCGGCCGCUCCCCUUGUAUAUAGUAAUUGAGGUCUUAGAUCUGCACUUGUUGCCCUAUUCACUUGUCAGCCCACUGAGCGUGAUUAGCCCGGCCAGUGGAAGCAAUUUUGGGUUGCCGAGGAGUAGCCUGUCACUGCCAUGAAUGGAGGUUCUCAGUUCUGGGUGCCAAAUG